CUGAAGACUUUGAAACGGUAAACGAGUCAGGUAGAAGAAAUAAUGUACACGAAGAAAGUACUGAACGCCCGGAAGUAAAGCCCUGCGGACCUUUAUUGAACAAUUUGAACUAUCUCCAGAACUGUGGAAUUCUGCGAACCGUACAUACAGUAAUAAAACAGCUAGGAUGCUGCGCUUGACUACCACAUCCCCUUUUUAGUGAGGAUAAAGCUAGGGGCCAAAACAUAAGAUGUAAAGAAGAAAAUAAAUAGCCUACGAACGAAUUUCAGGAAAGAACUAAAGAAGAUUGCCACAUGAAAGAGACCUGGAAAGUGCCCAGAUGAGGUGUACAGACCUACUGCAUGGACAUUCUAUGCUCUGUCAUUUCUUGAAAGGUUUGAAAAGCCAGUUGAGCAGCAGCCAAGUGAAGCACAAGAACCAGCACCUGAGAAACGAACAUUGUACAAAAGAAGGCGGGUCUUAUGUCUGCCGUUAUGGGGAAAAUAAUGUUUGCUGCACUCUCCCAGUCGAGGGUGUGAGCGACCGGGACUAUGAAAGGCAUGUAUAUAAACAUCACACAACAACAAUGCCAUUCUCUGGAAUGUCUAGGAAAGUAUCAACAUCGAGCAACAGUAGCGACAAACCAUAUCCCAACCACAGCUGGACAAGCUGUGCAGCCCAAAAUCUUCCAGCUGUACUGAACGAUCCAAAUAAAGGAAAGCAAAAAGAUUUCUUUACUAAAACAUGGGGCGAUAUCUUUGUUGAAAUAAACUCAGUUCCUGAUCCGAUAUAUUUACCUCACAUCACAAUUCGCCAUUUUGAACAUUAUCUUAAAAGGAUUGCAAAGAAACAUAAGCGUAUGAAAAUUAACUCCAGUGUGCCAAAACCUCAUACUCAUGCUGAGUUGCUCCAAACGUUUCCUUCUCUAAGGAUUGGAAAGUUUCCUGAAAAAAAUCAUUUUGAUAUUAGUGUUAUACCGAAAAUAUUUUUGCAACCUAAUUUUGAUUUGAGUAAUGAAGAGACGUUUAACGCUGUUUAUACUCAAGCUAUCACUUCAUCUAAUACUGGUAAAACUGAAGGUCCAAUAACUAACAUUUCGCCUAAACUUCUACAAGAAAAGUUAAGUCAUUACUUAGAUAUGGUGGAAGUGCAAAUUGCUCAACAAGUAGCCCAAAAGUCUGAAAUAUUUUUACAUGCGAUGACAUCUCAUGAUGUCCUUAUGGAACAACUAGGUCAAACCGUGUCAGUCGUUAAAAAUUUUAGGGAAAAAAUUCAAAGGGUAGAUAAAGGCUUAGUAAAAGACCCAUUACUUAUCUUGAAAAAUGAAAGAUGUCGGAGAAAUUAUCAACAAGUUUAUCACAAGCUUAAUAUAAUGUCAGUUGUAAUAAAAACUCAACCUUCUAUUCAGCUAUUGUUAUCAAGCCCUGAUUAUGUCGGGGCUCUUGAUUUAAUAUAUUCAAAUAAAGAAUUAUUAAAAGAAGAACUAGCCGAUAUUCACAGUUUUAGGCACUUGAGUUCACAAUUGUCAGAGAUGAUUCAAGUGAUUGAAAAAUUAAUGGCAGAAGAAUUUGAACGCUAUUGCACUUCUGAUUUGAAUCGUCCUUUUCUCGAUAAUGAAUGCGAAGUUGUGGAAAGUGAAAAAUUGACCUGCACAGUUAUGGGGAUGCUCAGGAGUGGUAAAUUCGAUUUUACAGACAUGUACGAAAAAGAAAUCAAAUCUGCCAUCAAAGCAGCCAUGAAGCAAGCUGUCAUAGAAAUAGUCUCUGUUAGAGAUUUUUCUGAAGAUCUGAGUUUAGAUGAACAGCUGAAAGCUCUCUCUGUUGAAGAAUGGAUUUUAUUACUUUCAAAUACCAGCAAAGUUCUAUUAAGGCUUUUAAGAAGAGUCAAAAAAGGAAUAGAAAUAAUGGAAGCAGCUGCUGAUAUUAGUGCUGGAACACCUUCUUCUGAAAGUGAUUCUCUAGAUUUGAUUAUAAUUGAGUCUGGGGACUGGAUAUUGUCAAAUGAAGAUCAUAAAACUGUAAAGCAAAAGCUUCACAAACUUCUAGUCACUGUGUGUGAGUACUCUCAAGAAGGUUGCGCCCAGCUGCUGUCUAGUCGAACACUGAUAUGGAGAGAUUUCAGAGAAGAAAGUAAGUUACCAAAUGCUUCUUACUGGCUGGCCGAACAUGCUUCGCUAUCAAAUCUUAAAGAACUCGCUGCCCUUGUUACCAGGGCUUCGGAUGAAUGGGAAGAACUGUGCCCUGUAAAAGAAGCAUUACCACAAAUGGUGUUCCCUUUGAGACGGGCUUUUAAAAUACAGGCAACGAAAUAUAUGAAAAAAUUUCAUGAGGUCAUGAAAGAGAAACUGUCUUACAUUCUUGAUGCUGAACCAUGGAGAAGGACUGAUGUUCCAGCUUCAUUUCAAAAGCUUGUUGAAUUAAUUUCUGAAAAAGGAACCUUUUCAGUAAGUAAAGAAAUUACUGAAUCAAUAAAAAAAGAUGGGAAAAUAUGUGUGGAAAACGAAUUAAUUAUCAAUGGUGAAAAAUAUGCCGUUGUUGGAACUGUUCUCAUGUUAGUUAAUAUUGUUGCCGAAUAUUGUUUGCACGCUGAAGAAAUCCCGUCUUGUGCAGACAUUUUACUUAGAAAUUUAAGAGAUCUCCUGACAAUGUUCAACUCGAGGUGCGCCAAAUUGAUUCUUGGAGGAGAAGCGAUAUCAGACAGAACUGGUCUUAAAAAAAUUACAUCCAUCAAUCUUGCAUUACUUUUCAGAGCAUUGCAACUUCUGCUUUGGCUUAUACCUCAUGUCAGGCUACAUUUUAAAAAUUUACUAGGAGAGAACCUGAAAGAUAAUUUUGAUGACAUUAUCAAGGAGAUUAAAGACCAUUCAAAUGAUAUUAAAAAGAGACAAAUCAACAUUCUCAACACAUUAAUCAUGGUCGAGCUCAAAACCUGGGCUGCCAAACCACCAGUCCCAUCUAUGUCAUUUAAAAAUAUUUGCAAGCAUAUCAUAAAACUUCAUGAAGCAGUUUCUGAUAUUCUGCCUCCAAAUCAAAUCCAAGAACUGUAUAAAGGUGUACAUGCUGGUUUUAAAGAAAUAUUGAGUGAAAGACUACAUAAGAUGAAUAUAGUUAAUGAUGGAUCUCCCAGCCAUGGUUUGGUAACAUCAGAGCUAGUUUUUUACCUGCAGGAUUUGAAGAAAGUUGGCGGUCUUCCACCUGAACACCUAGAAUUGUCAGCAAUGAAUGAUAUCUGGCUGAACAAUUACUCGUCAUAAGUAUUCUUUUAUUUAUUUAUAAAAUGUGUCUCGAUCUUUCAAAACCUUUUAAUGCAUUACAUUCCAAGAAAAAGAAAAAAUUGGAUAUAAUUGUUGUAUUGUUCACUGUGUGAAUUUGUAUAUACAUAUAAUUUAGACAUGGUUAUGUCCACCACAGUAUACUUUCAAUAAUUGUAAAUAUCUAUAUAUAAAAAUAGACUAUUUUACUUAUUAAAAGGUUUGUAAAUAAAUAUUGUAUUAAAUUAUUGAACACCAUGUUUAGUUUAAUUAAAACAAUCAUUAUAAAUAUUAUAUAUUGUUAAUGUUUAUUGUUAAAUUUUAUAAAUUGAGAUAUCGUUCUCAAAAACAAAAUGCAUAGUUUCUGUUUAUAAUGUAAUGAAAGAUAAUCAAUGGAAGGUGUGUUCAUAAAAAGUUUUCAUGAAUAAUAUUAAAUAUUUGUAGUUUCUUUGUUUCAAUUAAUGUUCAAUUACAGUUUUAAAAAUUAAACAGGAACUAAAAUUGU